AAACGAUAGGGGGAGAAUCGAGCAAGUUAGAGGAAGCAAAGAUGGAAUCCAUGGAAGCAUCAUCGAUGGUUCUCAAACCAUGCGUAGCGACGAAAGAAAGAGAUUCGAGCGAGUUUAAGGAGGCGGCAGAACCCAUGGAUGAUGUUUCUUCGGUCGUUGUCAAUUCUUACCUGACAAAGCGUAAGGCUGAGUUCGACCUGGAGGAGGAGGAACAGAACGUUGGUGAGAAUGAAGAAGGCAGUGAUGAGGAAUCCAAAAUGGAUGAGCCUGAGGCUAUAUUUGAUAUGUUAAUGAUGUGGACAGCUUCGAAGGUUUGGAGUAUUAUUCAUCUUCGGAUUUGGAACUUUCCUCUGAUGAGCAGCCUUAUUCCGACAUGGAAAAGGCUAAUAAACACUAUCACAUCUACAAACGCCAGAUCAUCGAGAGCAAGGGAUUUUACGCGGAGCGAGAGUUUAGCCUAGGUUAUAACUACAAGAGAAUCUUCCCAAUGAGUUUGGAGAAGGAAGCGCUUCAUGGUAAAACCUUUCGUGAGUUCUGGGAAGAGAUGGUCUAUGUUUGUCUCCAAAAACACAACCAAGUCAAGUUGUGAGGGGGUAAUUGUCACGGAGGACCGAGAGCAAAGUCAUACAUUACAUUUAUGGCGAGGGAAAAGCCGGAUGGACCUCUUGUGGAGUAUCAAGCCAAGUCUAUGCUUACUUUGGACGGCAAGAUACAUCCCAUCCUCUGUAG